AUGUUCAACCCAUCAGCCGGACUACCAGACGAACGAAAAUCCUUAUACAGUCAGUCCCACCACAGUGUGUACAAAACUGGUGAUAAAACCAGCCCUAUAAGCGUCAUACUGGUGAGUUCCGGUAGCCGUGGCAACAAACUCCUCUUCAGAUACCCUUUCCAAAGAGUGGCUGACUGUCUGUCGUCUCUAACAGGUAAGAGGAGCGUUAUGUCUGCAGUUACUCGUAAAAGUGUACAAUGUAUUCGCAUAAAUUUGACCAACAGUAAUAAAAGUGACCCAGUGAGCUGUUUUCACCAGGUUCGCCCAAUAAAAGUACAAGCAGAAAGAGUGACCGUCAUUUGCAGGAACUCAUACACAGUUUAAUCAGAUUUCUCAACAUACUCCUAUCAAACUUUACGGUAUGAUCACCAGGGCAACCUUUUGCAGCCAAAAUAACAGCUCCACCAGAUCUAUUUAGAUCUACUUAUACCAUAGUCUACAUUUUUUGUGACAAUUAGGUUGUUUUUUUAAUUGUAUGUAAAAUAUUUCCUCCUUUUUUGCUUCCCUCUUGUUAAUGGAGAAGACAAAGUAUAACGAACAUUAUGGUGGCCGAGAACCGCCACUGCUGCAAAUUAAAAAAAAAAAAAAAGAAGUCACUAAAGAAGUUACCAAUGCAAAAAAAAGGAACGGAAGCCCGCUGCAAAUAAAAAAAGAAAUGGUGCUGAUAAAAAUAAAAAAAAAACAUAAAGGAAGUUCAUGACGCAAAAAAAAAGUGGCAAUGGAAAAAAAAAAAAGUUAGGGUUCUGCGAAAAUGUAAGGAUGCAAACAAAAAAAGCAACAAUAGAGGUGAGCUGCUGAGGACCAAUAAUGAUUACGUCCUCUUCUGUGCCUUGAUCGUAAAACACUGGUGUAUCAUCAUUAUUGGUCCCCUGCAGCUCACUUCUGAUGUGGCUUUUUUUGGCAUUCUUUUAUUUUUGCAGUAAGAAACCUUUUUUUUUCGGAUCACCACUUUUUUUUGCAUUGGUAACUUCCGAUGUGGCCUUUUUUUUGCAUCCUUUUAUAUUUGCAAUAAGAAACUUCUUUCUUUUUUUGCAUCGCCGCUUUAUUUUGCAUCGUUAACUUAUGUUAUGGCCUUUUUUUAAUCUGCACUGUUUCUUUUUAUUAUUUGCAGCAGGCUUCAGUUUCUUUUUUUUAUUCCAUCAGUAACUUCCGUUGUGGCCUUUUUUUGCAUCCUCUUAUUUUCGCUGUAAGAAACUUUUGCAUCACCACUUUUCCUGCGUUGCUAACUUCUGUUGUGGCUUGUUUUUUUAUCUGCACUAUUUCUGUUUUCAUUUGCUUUUGUUUGUUUUUGUUACUUCUGCAUUUUUCUAUUUAUCUUUUAUUUGCAGCGGCGGUUCUCGGCCACCGUAGGAAAUCUGAUGUAACUGUGGUUGAUUUGCUGCACUUUUAUAUUUUUCUGGUUGCUUUUACUUCUAUUUGAUCCUCUCUUGCAAAAAUUUAAAACUCGUUCUCAGGAGAGUCAAACUGUUGCAUACAAAAAACAGCAGCUGCAUGUGACAAAAAGUGGAAGUCCAAUCACUAAAUUAAAUGAUAAGCAAACAGCAAAAAUGGUGACAAGUAGACAAGUGGAUCUCUUCUGACAAACCACAGACAGAAAAAAACAUGGCUCUGUAUCAAAAGAGGGGAAACAAUAGGUCUAUGAAACACUUAUUUGACACAGGAUUUCCUGUGAUGUAUCAUUUUAUUUUGCUUUUAAUGUGCGUUUUUCUGUUAUGAGUAAUGUGAAUUAUGUUUAUGUCCACAAGCAAAACAACGGAGUCGGUAUGCACUGAACACCAAUGGGGAGGGUGUUGAAGACCAGGAUGGAGAUUCAAGGUAUUUUGGAUAAGCAUACAAGUAUCACCCUGGAUUUCUCUUUUUUUUUUUUUGUCAGAUCUAGUUUUGAGUCUAUUAUUAUUAAACCACAUCAGACAUUUCCGAGCUAAUUAAAAAACAAAAACUGUCACUCAUCGAAAAUAGGAAAAAUUCCAAACCAAGAUAGAAACUCCAGAGGAUGAACUUUCUCGUAAAAGUGUGCAGGAUAUAACUAAUAUUUCUGUCAGUACAUACGGCAAAUAAAGUGAUGCAGUAAAUAUUCACACAUAGUCACAAGUUUUAUGCUCCAACACCAACAGAUCAACCGUAUGAAAGUGCUUUAUUUAACACAGCGAUCACAACAAAUGCUGGGGCAAAAAGAUCAUUUCAAUCUUUGUGAAGCACAGCGUAUGGGAGGGGGAGCAAAACAACGCUUCUUUAGUACUUUCAUUUGGCAUUUUAAGACCCAUCAUCCUGAACAGCACCAAGAUUUCUUGAAAAGACAGAUUAAAAACCUCUACUUCAGUCGUCCCACAAAGCAAGGAUGUUUAGCAGGAACUGUGUAUCUGAAAAAGUUUAUGAUUUAUGGCAGGGUCCCUGAUGUUUAUUUGAUGUUAAGAACACGUUAACAACAAGAGCAACAAGUCAAUUCCUUGAGAGACUUAGCGUCUACUACAAUAAAAACAAGGCUGCUCAAAUAUCAUCAUGGCCAUUGGCUUAAUGAUUUUGUGAAUAUUGCUUUAUCAGAUACUCAAUUUUCUGCUUCCUUAGCUGUGUUUAUUUACAUGCUUUCUGCUGUGUAUUCACACGGAAUGACACUAUCUCUGUUUGAGUUAUGAAAGCUGCUGGUGAACAUCAGAAUAAAUCUUCAAGCAGAAAGUAUCACAAACAUGCAGCAUAUAAAAAACAAUGUCCAGAACACAUUGGAAGUUGUACAGAUAAAUUACACACUACUCUAUUGUAACUACAAACAGACUUGGUGUGUAACAGCAGCUAAGUGAGUUAAAAUCAGAUACUGUAAACAUAUGAGUGCUGCUAAAGUAGAACCCCAGACAGUCCCUCUUAGAGGUUCACGAGGGGUUGAGCCUGUUGAAAAUAGUUUUUUAUGAGACUGAGCUGAACUUGUGAGACCCCUUUAACCCCUCCCUGUUUGCACCUCCAGAGAUUUGAACGUCUCUCUGUCAAGUCCAUGUCUGAUAGAGCACGGCUGACUCUAGUUGUUUUUAAAGGGAGACUAGUUUAUUCAUGCUACUGCCUCAUUGUAGAUAACAUUGAUUAGUGCGUUGUGGAUCAAGGUAAAGUUUCGUAACCCUAGCCAGUUUUUUUUUUUUUUUCCAGUGUGAUCCAGCUUUAGAGCUGUUUAGAAACAUAACUUUAUCUAGAACAACGAAACAGCGAAAUAGUGUUGUUUCACCAAAGUUAAAAUGUAAAUUUUUUUAUUUUUACUUUAUUUUAUUUGAUCUUUUUUUAAGUGAAGUUGAAGUUUUUGUUUGUAGAAUUUGUGUUAUCAACACGAGUUCACAGUCAGUUUGGUUCCACGGGAAUACAACUCUUCCUUGAUUUUCCAAAAUUCAAAAAAAAGAAAAAAAAGAAAAAAGGUUUUAUUUUAAAAAACUGGUAGCUAUAUAGCAAAUACAGAGCAGCGUUUUCAUAUCACUAUAUUACAUGUUUUUUUGGGUUGUUCGUUUAAAUGUCCAUUUUAUGCAUUCAGCCCAACUGUGUGUUGCAUUUUCCCUUUUUGUUUGCUUUUUUUCUUCUUUUUUAUGGCCCAAUUCCCAUUUCAGAGAUCAAUCUCCGCUAACUGACGAACAGUUGGUAGCAGGGUAAGACCAAAUCAUUCUCAACCACCUUUCCUUCGCUUAGAUCACCCUUGUCUUAUUUUACUCCCUUCUUCCUUUUUUGUGUCCUAUAUGGAUCCCCAACCCUGAUCUCAGUUAAUUCCUCGUAAAUUACCAGUUGUAGAUCCAGUGAAUCGGUGCCUUGGUUAAUUCUUGAUCUCACUUUUGCUUUCCUCUGUACUGUUUGCCUUCAAAUCUUAUCAGUUUGCAACUCAAACUCGAGUUUAAUUAUCAUUGGUUCUAGACAAAUUAUUACAUAAACUCGGCAGUGCAAGCAAAUUCAAAUGAUGAUAAAGCAACGACAACAGCGUCUUUUCAAAUUGUGCUGGUGCGGUAAGUCUAUAGUGUGUUUAAUUUCUGUUUUCCUGGAAUUUAACGCCUUGAUUUUGAUCCCUUUGAUUGCAGCAUGAGUUACUUAAGACAAACCAGCAUGAGUCUUUCACAUUCUUCAUUCAUACAGCGACUUCACUGUUUCUGCAAGGAGGCCUCUUCCUCUUUCCUCCUCUCCAGUAGCCACACAAGCUUUUUUAUUUAUACUCUUAAUGUUGAAUUGUAUUGCAGGCAGAUGCAUCUGAUUAACACAACCCCUUUCAUAGACAGGAAUAUGAACAAUAAAACGAUCAGAGCUAAGUUUAACUUUCUACUUGUCCCAGCUGUUUCUGGGCUGGGCCCUGUCACACUGCCCAGCACUCUUCUCUCACUGAGUCCGCUCUUGCUUCCUAAAGGUUCUCGGACAUCAUCCUGGCCACCAUCCUGGCCACCAAAUCUGACAUGUGCGGGAAGAAAUUCGAACUGAAGAUAGACAAUGUUCGAUUCGUCGGCCACCCUACUCUUCUCCAGCACCCUCCCAUCCUUCAGGUAUCACCUCCAGACACAUGUUGGAUCCAGAGUCCUAGUGUAGGGAGGAUGUUAUGUAGUUCCUUCUUGGUCAGUAAGUUUCGUAACACUCUUUUGCAACAGAGAAAUUGUUUUUUCUUUCUGAGUGCAGUCAAAAGUAUAAACAUUUUUGAUGGCUUCCAGCUUAUUAAAAAAUAUUAUUAGAUAUAUUCUUUUACAGUAGCUUGAUAGAUUAGGGCCACAGGAUUAUUAUCAAAUUUACAAGAAUGAAGCUGUAUUUUUAUGAGGUUAAGAAGUUCUGAUGUGAGGCUGUGGUUAGCCUACACGUGAUCUUAAAGAGGAAGUUAAGGAUCCUGACCCCUGCACUAAAAGGAGAGGAAUGGAGCAUCGAGUAAAAGUUUUACUUUGGUUCAGACCAAGGGUCUCCAAACUUUUUGAUGUCUCCACAGAAUCCAAGUUGGGUUUUUUUUUCAUACCGUUCACAUACAGCUGAAUAAAUGCAACAAUCUCAUUACUGUGGUUUACAAUCUGCUUGGCUCAGAUUCAAACAUAAAAAAAGGACUGGCUGUCUGGUUCAGAUCAGACUUGGGUCAGGUUUGGACAGAGCCACUCUGAGGUCACAGUGAAUACUUCACAACUGAACACAGCUGACACUGUGUUGUGUUUGUGUUAAUAUACACCAACGAACUGGUGACAUGCAAAACUAAAGAUCAAAGAUUGCUUAGUCUUCCUUUUCUGUUUUCAAAAUGUACAUCCUUUCUUGAAUGCCUGUCUUUAUACAGAGGCGGCUCUUUUGACUCUCCUUGAUUCUGUGGGUGUUAAGGUUUGAGAUUUCCUCUGCGUUUCUUAUAUCUUUGAUGAAGUCAGCAUUUAUGGCCACCACUUGCUUGCGCUCUGAAGACUCAGUUUUUAACAUGGUGACAUUUCUUUAUUUUCAUGCAUCAUCUUUCAAAAAAAGCGUUUGUCUUUCUGUGCAGCUUUCAAAGACAGAUCCUUCACCGAAGAGAGAAAUGCCCACCAUGAUCCUGUUCAAUGUGGUGUUUGCUCUGAGGGUAUGAAAAGACUUUUCAUUUCUAAGACUUGCUGUUUUUUUUUUUUUUGUUCUACCAGUCUGAAUAAGUUAUGUGUGAAUCAAAUGAACCCUGCGUCUGUUUUUUGAAUGUAAGCACCAUAAGGUCACCUGACUGUGGGCGGGAUGAAUAGACUUUGUCUUUAAAUGGAAGGCAUGUGUGAGAGAGAGAUAAUAUACUAACAUACUCUAUCUUUAAGGGAGCAACCACAACUGAGAGGAAGGAGGGGCAACUUAAAGCUGCCUAAUCAUGUUAACCAGCAUGGCCCUGCCUAUGCUGAGUCACUGUGCUUAAGCCCCAUAUAGCUUUAAAGGUUAAAAAAAAACUUCUUUCCUUUUUCUUUCCUUUUUCUUUCCUUUUUCUUUCCUUUUUAAGAGCAGGCUCAAGACCCACCUUUUUAGCUUAGCUUUUAAUUGAUAUUUAUCUGUUUUAUCCUCAUUUAUUCUAGUUAGCCUAGGGUUAUUUUAGGUCUGUGUUUUGUUCAUAUUUUAGUCUUUACUUGUUUUUAUCCUUUUAUCAUUUUUAGGGCCCCCAGUGUUUCCUCUGAGGGAGCCCUCGGCACCGGAAGUGGUGGUUGCUUGUGGUUGCAGGGGCCGGCCACAGGGUUCCUGGUGGAGGUUGGUGUCGUCCACAUCCCUCCACUGGCCCAGUGUCGGUGUCCUGUGGCUGUGGGCGGCUCUCUGCUCCUGGUGCCGACGGCUCCUCUGAUGGCGCCUUCUCAACAGCCUUAAGUGUGUGUGUGUGUGUGUGUGUGUGUGUGUGUGUGUGUGUGCGCGCGUGUGUGCGCGCGUGUAGGUGGGGGGUGGGGUGGGGUAAGGGGUCAUCUGGGAUAGUUUUUGUUUUUGUUUUUAACUUGUAAAGCACUUUGAGUCACAUUCCUGUAGGAAAAGCACUUUAUAAAUAAAGUUUGAUUGAUUAUGUUUUGUCAAUAUCAGUUGAACAGCUGCUACAGAUAUGUAACCCUAAAAUAACCCUGAUAUAUUUUUUCGAGAUCACAUUUUAUAUUUACAAUCAACACUUAUAUUUUACCGUUUUCCUCUUUGUUCAUUCCACACUUUCUAAGCUCUUAUCAUCUUCAAUUCUCACAUGCCAAGAUCUUUACCCCAAAGGUUAUUUGAAUGUAGGAAGUAUAUGUAUGUUUCAUGAAUUAGUUGGGAUGCUCUUUCUAAGGUUGCCAGGUUUUUAAAGAAUGAAAAUAAAUGGCACCCUUCGUGGUCACAAAGUCAGUGGCAUACUCAGGCUGUGUGGGAGAAGGGGGGAUAAAAAGAGGGGCAGUUAAGUAUGCCAUGUAGCAUCAGUGCAAAGAAAAUUGUGCAACAAAAAUCUGCCUGAAGCAGCGUUUUGAGGACCAUUUUCUAAGCUCUUUGAUUUUUUUUUCUGUUGUUAUAAGGUUAUUGCUCAGUACAGCCUGUACAGUGGGUGGGCCUGUAUCAGUCCACUCUUUUGGGCGAACAGGAGAUAGCCAAAUUUAUGAUAUGGAACAGUUUUUAUGCUGCUGAUUACAGCACUAAUGGGAGGGUCUGGAAAUUUGAAGCAUCUAACACCCAGUUUCUUGCAUUCAGAUGCAAAUGUAUAUACCAGGUUGUUUUGGAAAUUUGAUUUAGUACAGAAAAAAAAAAACAUAAUUAUAAUCAUCAUAAUUUUAGAAAAUGAAUUUUACUUUGUGAAGCUCACAUUCAGUUAAAAUUAAACAUGGUCGUUUUAAAACUGAGUAGACUUAUAUCAGUCAAAUAAACUGAUCCAACACUUCAAUAGAACAUACAUUUUUGGGAUAUUAAACUUAGACCGUGAUUAUAAACAGAACUCAUACAGCCCAUUAAUGUCUCCAUAAGACACCUUAUCACAUGUUACUCAAUUGAAGGACAUCUGAGAGGGCAUUUAAUAACAUUGCAUCCACUGGAGUGACAUUCAGAGGGAUUAAGUGUAUCUUUUCAACUGAAGGAACAGCUACAGGAGCAAUUUUUCAAUGUUUUUCUUUUACUGAGAAAACACUUGAUAUUUUCUCUACUACAAGGGCACCCAAGAGGGCAAUCAGCUAUAUGACAUACCAAUGUGAAAAUACACUGAAAUACCUGGUAGCAUUUUUGAUUUAAAGGAAGUAUAUUAUUUAUACAGAUUUUUCAGGUAGUUCUCGUAAUAGUAGUCUGCAGUUUCCAGAUCUCUUCUGAAUAUUGUAACUUCUCAUAGUUGUUUCAUUCAUUCCAAGGAAUAUACACAACAUUUAGUCGUACAAUAUGAGACGAUUUUAUAUUUUCAGGGUCGUGUGGAAUCCCUAACUGGCUCAUCUCAGUGGUUAAAUCAGGUUCCCUCAUUGAUAGAGUCCUAUAGUUCUUAAUCUACAUGCUCUUCCCCACUCUGUCUUCCCAGUGUCCCUCAGUGUCCACUGUCCUGUCUUGAUGCCACAAAUCAAAGCCCUGUUUGAAUUUGAAAUUCUAGCCUUAUCUGUUAUAGCUUAGUCAUGUGCUAAUUUCUAACAUACCUCUGAUAGACUGACAGUGUUUGAAAAGUUCUUUAUUUCCUUUUUCCAGGCAAACGCUGACCCGUCAGUCAUCAGCUGCAUGCACAAUUUGUCGCGCCGCAUUGCGAUAGCUCUGCAGCACGAGGAGCGACGCUGCCAGUACCUGACCAGAGAGGCUAAACUGAUGCUGGCGGUCCAGGAUGAGAUUACUACCAUGACUGAGAGUGAGAGACACACUUAACCCUGAGCACAGCUGUUCACUGCUCUGUCUCUGUCUUUUUGGAACAAAUGUUUUGAAUAUUGUGAUCAAUUCUUCUUAUUGAGACUAAAAAAAAGAUUAUUUUUUUUUAUUAAUCAAAGCGGAUGGCUCCCCCCAGUCCCCAUUCAGACAAAUUCUUCCCAAGUGUAAACUCGCGAGGGAUCUAAAGGAGGCUUACGACAGGUAUGUGAUGAAGCACAUGUUGACGUCUCGUGUAGAAAUUUGGAUUGCUCAUAUAUCUGACUCCUGAACGUUUGUUGUUGCAGCCUGUGUACGACAGGUUCAGUGCGACUUCAUAUCAACAACUGGCUGGAGUUGAGCUUCUGUUUACCUCACAAGAUCCAUGUGAUUGGUGGCACCUAUAUCCCUCCUGAGGCCUUAGAACGAAGCCUUAAGGCCAUAAGGUGUGUCCUUUUUUUUUGUUUUGUUUUCUUGUUCCUCCAUAAAUCUUGGAUUAACUCUGUAACCCAGGUGUUACUUGUGAUAGAUGCCAUGUUUACAUGUUUAUUGUCUAAGUUUAAUCAUAUGGCAACACCCAAGUCAGCUCCUCUGGGCUGUGAUAAUAGAAAAUCCCUCCCACGACACACCACACAUCAUCAUCAAAAGCAGACCCAUACGUGACUAUGAUCCGCAUUAGUCUUCAACAACAAGCUUGACAAGAGGUCUGCGAUUCUUGAGACUGGGGGAUAUCUCCCCCAACAGCUUGUUAUCUCUAAGGAGUUCAGUGUCUUUAACAGCUGAUUAAGAGCUCCAGGUUCACAAAAGCUCAGUGAUGACUAUUUAAAGCAUCAAGAGAAAACCAUGUGAGGUUCUCUGCGGGUCAUGCUGCCACCCAUCGGUGCUUCAACAUACUGACAUCAGAGUUGUAGAGACAUAGAAGACACAAAUGUGUGAUUCGUGUGAUUAAAAAAACAACUCCAAGGAUGAUUUCAGUUUGAUUUCAUCUCACAGACAGUUUAACAUGCUGUUGUUUGUCGUUUCAUCUCACAGACCUUACCAUGCCCUGCUGCUGCUGGAGAGUGAGAAGGCUUUGCUGAGUCAGCUUCCUGUGGACUGCUCGCCUGCAAUGGUCCGCCUCAUCAAGACCUGCUCAGCGGUGAAAAACCUGCAGCAGCUUGCUCAGGAUGCUGAUCUGGCUUUACUGCAGGUGCAGACCAGUCCCAUCACCUGCAUCACAAUUCCACUUUAUAAAAUUCAGUUUCAGACUUUAAGAAUCAAAGUUUACCUUAAAAUUCAGAGCACCUUUUAAUGAUUGGGGAAACAUGUUUGAAAAAGAUCUUUGUAUCUUAUGUAAGAUAAGUGUAUCCUCCUAUAUUAGUCAUGAUAAAGGUAGCAAAGAUAAAAAUCACCUUAACUGCACGAUUUCUUCAUAACAAAGAAGAGACAACAAGAAGCUAAAAAUCCAUCUCUGAUAACAACAAACUUAGACAAGACUAGAAGAGAUUAAACUAAAAUUUUAGUGGUAGACCAUCACCCUUUCAGAUUCUGUACAUUUUUCUCCACUGUACAUCUAAACUGCCAAAAUGACAGCAAUAUAUUCUUGUAGCAGACUCAGAUGGUUUGGGGGCACAGUGUUCAUUUUUGUACGUCUCUAUUUUAAUCAAUGAUAUUUUUUCCUGUUGCAUAUCAGUGAUAAAACACAAGUAGCUACUAGGUGACAUCAGUUUCAUAUUUGCUUUUUCGCUGCUGAGAUUUAUUCUGAAUGGCUUCAUGUCAAAGCCCUGAUUAAUCCUAGUAAGGCGGUAUGUUAGAAGUGAAAGCUGUUUACCCAGUUAAAGGCCUGUGUUGUCAUUGUUUUACUGCCAUCUAGUGGACCAAAACUGCACAUUCAAGCAGAUGAGAGACAGCACAAGUCGCAGCAGUACAAUGACUUCUUUUGUUCUUUAUCUCCUGCUGACUUUUAGUUGCAGAACUAACAAUCAUGUAGACGGACCUUUUAUCACUUCAUAUUUUAUUUUUAUUAAUGACAGACUUCGUUAGUAACUUACACACAAUGUGACAGUUUUUGCAUCACAUGUAGACACACGGCAUGACCCUGUUUCUACAUAGUGUUCUCUCUCUCUCCUCACCAGAAGACUGCCUAAUAAGUCACAAAUCCAUUUUCUUAUCUGGAAGAUUUUUUCUUGUUUUCUGUAUCAGUGUGUGAGCCACUCAUGGAGGCGGUUUUCUGUUGAUGGCAUAACGUUUUAAAAUAUUCAAAAAGAAACAGCAGCGGGGAUGGAUUUGCAUUUUACAGUGGAUUUACAUUAUACAGUGGAUUUACAUGAUAGUCUUUAUAUUUUUUCACAGUAUAGGCAUGUGGAAACCUUCCUCACUAUGGGUAUAGGAGUAAAUUAAGGAGAGAAACUAAAUGGAUAAACGGACAUCAUUUACCCACAUAGAUAAACGUAUUAGAAAUGAAAGCCAAUCAUAUUUAUGUAGGAGUUUUUACCAUUAUUAUAAAGCACCUAUGGACAGAUGUGAUGUCAGUGGUAUGUGGUGUCAGUAUCUGAUUGAUCUUGAUUUUUUGUAUGCUUAUUUAAAAUUGAAACAACCUUAAUUAUUUGUGAUGAUUUCCCCCUGUAGAUCUUCCAGAUUGCUGCUCACUUGGUUUAUUGGGGCAAAGCGAUCAUCAUUUUCCCACUAUGUGAAAACAAUGUCUACAUGCUGUCUCCUCAUGCCAACAUUAGCCUGUGAGUAUCCAUAAGAUGAUGUACACCACUCUGCUGCACCAGUAUCAGUAGAGCUAGAGGACUUUAGCGUUGAAGAGCUGUAAUCCAUGUUAUUUGACUGCUCCCCCUUUGUUUUGAAUUCAGAUUUUAAAAGCCUGUGCUUAUUUAGGCAGGUAUUUGUUAUGAAAGACCUGGAUCUGUCCAUUGGCUGUUCUCUUCAUGUAUUUUCUUAAGGUGGUUUUCUUAAAGCUUGCGCAAAUGGAAGAACUCUGAGAAUUAGUUGUGCCUUUUUUCUUUCCGGACAGAUACUCGCCAUUGGCUGAGCAGUUUGCCCAGCAAUUUCCUGGCCAUGAUCUGCCCUCAAUGUUAGCCAAGUUCUCUCUGCCUGUCUCACUGGCUGAGUUCAGAAACCCUCUGGAGGCUCCGGCACAUGAGGUAGGACUGCUGUAGAAUAACAAAUGCACAGAAAAACCCUGUCUUACACUUACAUGCCCGAACACAUAGACAGACACUACACUUAUAUCUACAUUAGUAACAUCCUUAAAUGUGUAUAAAGAAACUAUACUGAACAUGGAAUAAAAACACGAAAUGGUUCAGUGGCUGGGGGGAAAAUCCACACCAUUUAAGCCCGUGUUUUUGAAGAAUAGAAACUAACAAAAUUCUGUUAGUUUCUUCAAAUGUUUAUAACUAAGAUGCAAACAGAGCUGCUGUCAACUUUUUUCCUAAAUCCAAUGAUGUAAAUUUCGCGAGUGUCUUGUAAGAGCAGAACCAUCUGGUGUUCUCCUACGACUCAUCUUGUUUUGGCAGAGCUGCUGGAGCGAGGGUGAUGAAUUAUAAAUGGCGUCGGGACAUCAGCCCCAGCUUCUGCAAGCCUCCAUUUUUUAUGAGAACAAGAUCAGGGCCAUGCCUGUUACUUUUGGCUCUAUUUUGAGCCUGACUGGUACCCACAGGCCAGUUAAUACGCACAUGCCCUGUUAGAGACAUGAGUGUGUUUAGUUUCUCUUGUUUGUCCUGCGCUCGGCUGACGUGCACUUUGAUGCUCUGUUCCCGACUAGGCCCAGCUGAUCCAGAUGGUGGUUUGGAUGCUCCAGCGCCGUCUGCUGAUCCAGCUGCACACUUAUGUCUGCCUAUUGGUACCACCCAGUGAAGAUGAGCCCGGGAUGAGAGAUGAAGACCUACCGCUCGCUGCCAGAGUAGGAGGUCGGAGUCUCAGUACGCCAAGCGCUCUCAGCUUUGGCUCCCCGAGUAAGUCCCCACUCAGCUCUCUGCUGCCUGAUGUUCAGAGGUCUAACAAGGUAAAAAUACACAGUAGCUUCUACUUCUCGGUCUUUUUCUUCUUCUGUGCAGCCAGCAGUGAUGACAUGACCCUCACCAGUCCCAGCAUGGACAACUCCAGCGCAGAGUUACUGCCCGGCGGGGACUCCCCACUGAACAAGAGGAUGACAGAGACGCUGCUAGCCAGCCUGUCAGAGCACGAGAGGCAGGUUAUUCUGAACAUCCCCGCUGCACAAAGUCAAGAGGAUCUGCGCAUGUUUGCCAGGUAUUGGAGCAUAGCUUAUAGUCUUGUGAAAAGGUUGCCAAAAAGACACCAUGUGCUUCAAAGUGAUACAAGAUACUCAACGGUAUCAAAAAGCACUCAAGUGUCUGAAAAAACAGAUCUACAGUCAUAUUUUUAAAGCAAAGGAAUAAAGUAAGAGAGAGCAGCGGUUAAGAAAACAAGAAUUAGACAUUUUAUGAUUCUUUCAGGCUAUAACAAAAAAAAAAGUUCAUACCUUUAAAGAAACAUGCAUGAAGAUAACAGAUUUAGAGUCUCACUUCUUCUGCCUACUCCCCUCAGUCACUGCCUCUGAACUGCUGAUUGCCGUCAUACAGGCGUCAAUACUCAGUAUCGAGGAAAGAUUUUGUUUUUGGUCCACAAGACUUUAGAAAAGUCUUUAGAUUUAUUUUGUCUUUGAUUUCUCAUAACAGUAUAAUUACGAUGACAGUUAUUGGUCUGUCUUCAGAGCUUAUUUCAGUGCCAGUCCAAUGUGCACGUUGAAAAUCAAAAGUGACGAAGUUAACCAUUCAGUGGGUUCAUUUUUGUUGCUGUGAUUUCGAAACAGGUGUGUGUGUGUUUGUAUGAUUAUCACUGGCUUCUUCUAGAAGUUCAAAAGCCUGGUAUCUGAAACUGUUCUUGUGCCUUUACUGUAUUCUUUUGUAGCAGGUGACCUCCAGCUAACCUUCUCGUAAAACUUUAGAUGCUACAAACCCGUGAAGUGGUGAGGUUGAGGCAGCAAAGUCAUGGGUUCAAAUCACACUUGAAAUAGGACCCUUAAAAAAAACAGUGAAAGCCUGAACAUGACACAAAGUGACUUCCAUAAGACUUCAACAUAAAUUGAACUUGAAAACAGUGACUAAUGCAUCAUUUCAUAAAAGCACCCACCAAAACAAGAUGGUAAACGAAGAAAAAUGUUGUUGAAACACCAGGAGCACAACAGGCAAAAGCUUUUGAUUUUUCUGCAGCAUUUUUUAAUUAUGAAACCAUCGCAGAUGAAAGGAUAGCAUUUCUCAGCUCUCGUGUUUUUUUCUGUUUGCAUCACACUUUUGUAAUUCACCACACAUCACUCCACAAUCCUCGUAUUGAUACUGGAAGGUCUGACUCAACUCAAAAACAGAUUUUAUUGGACUUGUUUUUCAGGGUUAUUUCCAGUAAACUUCGAAGGUCAAACCGACUGGUGUCACAUGGUGCCUCAGCAUCAUUCAGUUGUAGUGACGAAAGAUGCUAUAGAUUUCUAUGAAUGCCUCUCUUUGGAAACAGAAAGAUAGAAUGACAUUAUGUAGAAAAUAAUAGCAUUUUAAUUGCAUCUAUAGAAUGUUUGGAAAUUGUAAUUAGAAAAUAUCAGCUGGUGAAUCAAAAUAGCUUUGCAGCUUUAAAAUGAGCAGACACUGAAAAUAGAAACUGCUUAGAUAGAAAGCCAGUAAUCAGUGUUGUGUAGGGAAGUGAAAAAUGUCUUCACAGCGAGAAAAAUGCUGCCUCAUGGUCAAUUUCAACAACUAAUGACUCGGAAUAACUCUAAUCUCAUUUCGCUGCCUGUUCUGUUGACUGCUUUCAGGCUGCUCCACUAUUUUCGAGGACAUCACCACCUGGAAGAGAUUAUGUACAACGAGAACAUGAGGCGCUCACAGCUCAAGACGCUGCUUGACAAGUUCCGCAGUGUCCUUGUGGUGACCAACCACGAGGAUCCCAUUAUUUCAAUCUUUCAGUCGCCCAUGGAGUAG